AUGCCUUCUGUGAAGAAGCGUACGAAGAUGGAGAGUGCACGCUCAUCGAAGAGAUCGAAGGGGGGAGAGGCGGCGAAGAAGGCGUUGCCGGUGACGGUAUUGUCUGGGUUCUUGGGAAGCGGGAAGACGACACUGCUCCGUCAUAUCCUGCAGUCGCCGGACCAUGGGCUGAAGAUCGCGGUGGUCGUGAACGACAUGGCGUCCGUCAACAUCGACGGCGCGCUGAUCGCCAGGUCGUCGACUGCUGCAGCGGGUGCUAAGACCGACGGCAAGAGUGAGGUCGUGGUCAGGGAGAAGGUGGUGCAGAUGCAGAACGGAUGUAUCUGCUGCACGCUGCGCAGCGAUCUCCUGACGGAGCUGGCGCGGCUGGCGUGGAGUGAGGAGCGGUUCGAUCACGUCGUCAUUGAGAGCUCGGGUAUCAGUGAGCCGCAGCAGGUUGCGGAGACGUUCACGACUGAGCUUACGGAGGCUAUGAUUGAUGCUGAGGGGAUGGACGAGGAGGAGAAGGAGACGUUGCUUCGUGUUGCAAAGCUCGGCGGCCUCAAGACCCUCGCAACCGUCGACACGAUGGUCACCGUCGUCGACGCCUUCCGCUUCUUCUCCGAGUUCGACACCGCGGAGUUCCUCGCCGACCGCUUCGCCAGGGAGGACGUCCCGGAGGACGACCAGCGCACCAUAUCCGACCUCUUCGCCGACCAGAUCGAGUUCGCGAACGUCGUCAUCGUCAACAAGGUCGACGCCGUUGACAAGACGACACUCGGUCGCGUCCGCGCGUACGUCAAGACGCUGAACCCGACGGCCAAGAUCAUCGAGGCGAAGUUCUCGAGGGUCGACGUGAGGGAGAUGUUGAACACCGGAAGGUUCGAUUUCGCGGAGGCGGUCACGAGUCCUGGGUGGUUGCGAAGUCUGCAUGAGAUGACGGUUGUGGAUGUGAAAGGGAGGAAGAGGUUGGCGCCUAAGCCUGAGACUUUGGAAUACGGAAUCGGUAGUUUCGUAUACCGCUCAAGGCGCCCCUUCGACCCCUUGAAACUAUACGAAGCUCUAAAGGGCAAAUUCAUCCUCCUACAGGACGAAGUCGAAGACGACGAGGAUGAUGAAGAAGAAGACGAAGACGACGAGAAGAACGAAGACACCGACGUCACCAUGGACUCGCCCUCCUCACCAAACAGUGCCUCACCACUUAACUCAGACGUCGACAGCGUCUCCCCAGACGACGAAGUGUCGUCCGCCGAGAGCCUGCAUAACAAACGCACAUGCCCCCUCUUCAGCGGCGUGCACCGCAGCAAGGGGAUCUUCUGGCUCGCGACGCGGCCCUACCAGAUGGGAUCGUGGAGCACCGCCGGCGCGAUGCUGACGCUGGGCUCCGAGAUGCCGUGGUUCUGCACCGUGGAUGAGGACGAGUGGCAGGCGGAUACGGCGACGUUGAAGGCCAUCAAGGCGGAUUUCGAGGGGGAUUGGGGAGAUAGACGGCAGGAGCUUGUCUUGAUUGGGGAGAAGCUGGAUGAGGUGGCGCUGACGAAGUUGUUGGAUAGUUGUACGCUCAAUCGGGCGGAGAUGAGGAAGUGGGAGAGGGUUAUGCGGGACGAUAGGUUGAGUGAGGAUGAGAAGGAGGAGAGGCUGCAGGAGAUGUGGGAUGAUGGGUACUGGGCUGAAUGGCCGAGGGUCGAAGAGGGUGAAGAUGAGGAGCAUGAUCAUUCUCAUGGUCAUAAACAUGCUCAUGGGCAUAAGCACUGA